AUGGAUGAAGAGAUUGAGGAACUGGGUGGCUCGGUACUGGGAACGAAACACUAUUGGGAAAAAAGCUACGAACUAGAGUUGAAAAACUUCCACGAUCACGGUGAUUGCGGUGAUAUUUGGUUCGAUGAGGAUUGCCAGCUUCGUAUCGCUACCUGGAUCGGCAAUCGGGAAAAUAACAUCAAAUUGGACGACUCAAUCAUUGAUUUGGGUUGCGGAAAUGGUAUGAUGCUGAUCGAACUUGCGCAGAAUGGGUUCGAGAAUCUGACCGGCAUCGAUUACUCGCCGAAAGCUAUCGAGCUGGCCAAGGCGAUUUGUAAAGAGCAUAAGUACCCCAACAUCAACUACAAAGUGGUAGACCUGAUGUCGGAAUCGGAAGUCACGGCUUUGGGCAAGUUUAAGGUAGUGCAUGAUAAAGGUACAUACGACGCGAUCAGUAUACAUCCGACGGAUUCCAAAACGAUGCGCAAAAGCUACAUCGCAAACGUGCAUCGGCUGCUGGAGGAUAACGGGCUGUUCGUGCUUACUUCCUGCAACUGGACCAAGUGUGAGCUGGUUAAAAGCUUUGGCGGUUUGUUCGAACUACAAACGGUCAUACCGUCGCCAAAGUUUAAGUUUGGCAACAAAGAGGGUAGCGUAGUGACGUCGGUUGUAUUCGGGAAAGCUUCAUCCUUUGCCAUCCCUACGGAUGUUGGUCCCAUACUCCAGUAG